AUGGAAGAUAUUAUAAAGGACGACGACGGGCAGAUGCAAGGAGGACCGAUGGACGGUGCUGAAACAGAUGGCACUUGGCACCAGGAACAGGCUAGGAGGCUCGGCAUCUCUUACAAGGGUCGUUUAAGGCAGCUAUUCUCACCGUUAGAUUCUUCCUUGGCCAGUGCAGUACAUAAAGAUGCGGAAUGUGUUGAAUACACCACGAAGGAGGAACGAGCUGUCAAGCGAAAAAUAGACAACCGAGUCCUCACCCUUGUGAUAUGUAGGCAAGUUUCUCAUAUUCUUAGGUCUCAUACUUCUGCAACUUAUCUUGUGUCAUUGCGGUAUGACAGCUACAUUUUCAACCAGUUUGACAGAACUAACAUCGGGAAUGCACAUGUUAUUGAUGCGUUCAAUGAGAACUUUGGUAUCUCGGAUAACAACAAAUGGACGGUUGUUCUGAGUAUCUUCUAUGUGGGAUAUUGUCUUCUAGAAAUUCCCGCAAACAUCCUUCAGAGACGUAUUGGUGCCAAUCGAUUCUUUUUUCUCGCGUUGACUUUCUGGGGGGUUUCUUCGCUCUCUGUGGUCUAUGCCAAGGGAUAUGCAUCAUUACUUGUUCUUCGACAUGAAUUAGCCAUGCGUAUCAGUCUCUGCAUGACAGGAACCUUUCCUGGGGCUAUCAGUGGUCUGCUGGCAUUUGGCCUUGUUCGAGCUCGCACAUCUUUACUUACUGGCUGGCAGUUUUUAUUUCUCAUAGAAGCAGUACCAACCAUCGCGAUGGCCGUGGUGGUGCUCUUCUUUCUGCCUUCAUAUCCUUUCACUGCUUCAUUCCUCAGCCCACGAGAGCGUGCUAUUUCUCAAGCGCGGUUAAGCAGAGAUCACAAGCCUCAAUCUCAUGGAGGAAUGACCGGCUGGCAGGGUUUCAAAGCUAUACUAUGUGAUGUCAACGCCUGGCUUUUUGUGCUGAUCUAUGCAACAUUUAAUGUUGGAGUAGCCACUAUGACCUACUUUUUGCCCACGCUAAUAAACAACCUUGGGUUUUCCGCAAUCAACGCUCAGGGUUUGACUGUGGCUCCAUAUGCUGUUGGUUGGUUCAUGGUCGUCGGACAAGCAUGGCACAGUGAUCACACUCACGAUAGAGGCUAUCACGUCAUGCUCUCUACCUUGAUAUCAUUCAUAGGGUAUGUUAUUUUGGCAACGUGUGUCCAGAAGAGUGUGGGUGCCGCAUAUUUCGCACUUUUUCUUGUUACUGGAGGCAAUUUCAGCCUAUUCCCUUUGGUUAUGAGUUGGGCUGCUAACGUAUUCUCGCCAACUUCCAAGCGGGGUGUUGGUACAGCUUUCAUCGUCUCAAUCUCCAACUGCGUAUCUAUUGCAUCACCUCAGAUAUAUUUCGAUGUCAACGAUGACUAUCGUAAAGGCCAUGCUAUCUCAGCUGGAUGUCUCUUUGCAUCAUUUUUAGCUGCAUUUAUUCUGCGUACGCGACUAUCAUAUAUGAACAAGAAGAGACGCAAAGAGUUGGAAUCGUUAGGAAAAGAAGAGAACGAGCAAGACGAUUCUGCUGAAGUUUGGGAUAACGACCUGAGAUACGUCUUCAUGACCUGA